CAAAAAAAACAAGACACAUGCAUGCACAGAGAGUCUCAGUCACACAAAAAAUCGAAAAUAAAUCUGAGCCUUACUCGUUCGCACGCAUCACUGGUAUUUCUAUGAUGCUUCCUCUCUUUUGUCAACAACAAAUCCAACACUAAAAGAAACCCAAACUUCCUUUCCAGACUUGUUUUUUUUUUCUUACAAAACUCAAAAAAGAAAAAAGAAGAAGAAAGAAAUACCCACUGUUUGAUCUUUUGAUUAUGCUUUCAAAGAAACAAACUUUCUUCAUUCAGCACCAUUUAUAGAUCAAAACAAGCAAAGCCCACAAAAAAAUCCCAUCUCUUACCCAUUUUAAUAGAAAAUGGUAAUGGUGCUAAGGAGAUCGUCUUUGAGUCUCUUUUUAGGGUUUUUGCUGAUUUCUUUGAUAGCACCAAGAUCUAUAGCUAGAUUUGUUGUUGAAAAAAACAGUUUGAGGGUUACAUCACCAGAUAAAAUAAAGGGUACUUAUGAUAGUGCAAUUGGGAAUUUUGGGAUACCCCAAUAUGGAGGUAGUAUGGCAGGUGCUGUUGUGUAUCCAAAAGAUAAUAAAAAGGGUUGCAAAGAGUUUGAUGGAUUUGGGAUUUCGUUUCAGUCGAAGCCUGGUGCUUUACCCACUUUUGUCUUGGUGGAUCGUGGAGAUUGCUUCUUCGCUUUGAAGGUCUGGAAUGCCCAGAAGGCUGGGGCUUCUGCAGUUCUUGUUGCAGAUGACAUGGAGGAACCAUUAAUAACCAUGGACACACCUGCAGAGGACGUUUCAUCUGCACAAUACAUUGAGAACAUAACAAUACCUUCUGCUCUUAUUGAGAAAAGCUUUAGUGAAACGUUAAAGAAGGCACUUAGCAAUGGGGAUAUGGUAAAUGUGAAUCUUGAUUGGAGAGAAGCUGUUCCGCACCCAGAUGAUCGUGUGGAGUAUGAGCUAUGGACCAACAGCAAUGAUGAAUGUGGGGUUAAGUGUGACAUGUUGAUGGAAUUCGUGAAAGACUUUAGGGGUGCAGCACAGAUACUUGAGAAAGGUGGUUACACUCAGUUUACACCCCAUUACAUUACUUGGUAUUGCCCUCAAGCAUUCACCUUGAGCAGGCAGUGCAAGUCUCAGUGUAUAAAUCAUGGAAGAUAUUGUGCUCCUGAUCCUGAACAAGACUUUAGCUCAGGUUAUGACGGGAAAGAUGUUGUUCUUGAAAAUUUAAGACAGCUAUGUGUUUUUAAAGUGGCAAAUGAGACCAAAAAACCUUGGGUGUGGUGGGAUUACGUGACUGAUUUUCAAAUUAGAUGUCCCAUGAAGGAGAAGAAGUACAACAAAGAAUGUGCUGAUGCUGUAAUCAAAUCUCUAGGGCUCGAUGGUAAAAAGAUUGAUAAGUGUAUGGGAGACGCAAAUGCUAACUCUGACAACCCAGUUUUGAAAGAAGAGCAAGAUGCCCAGGUUGGAAAAGGAACAAGGGGUGAUGUAACCAUUUUGCCCACCCUUGUUGUCAACAAUCGUCAAUAUCGAGGAAAGUUGGAGAAAGGUGCUGUUCUAAAGGCUCUAUGCUCUGGUUUCGAGGAAACAACAGAGCCUGCUGUUUGUUUGAGUGGUGAUGUGGAGACAAAUGAGUGCUUGGACAAUAACGGGGGUUGCUGGCAAGAUAAAAUAGCCAACAUUACAGCCUGCAGGGACACGUUUCGUGGGAGAGUAUGUGAGUGUCCUCUUGUUGAUGGCGUGCAGUUCAAAGGAGAUGGUUACAAGAACUGUGAAGUGAGUGGAUCUGGGAGGUGCAAGAUUAACAAUGGGGGCUGUUGGCAUGAAUCCCGGGACGGACAUACCUUCUCUGCUUGUUUGGAUGUUGAUGGUGGUAAAUGCCAGUGUCCUCCAGGAUUUAAAGGUGAUGGUGUGAAAAGUUGUGUCGAUGUUGAUGAGUGCAAAGAGAGAAAAGCCUGUCAGUGCCCUGCAUGUAGUUGCAAAGAUACUUGGGGAAGCUAUGAAUGCUCUUGCAGUGGGGAUCUUCUUUAUAUCAGAGACCAUGAUACCUGCAUAAGUAAGAGUGGCACUGAAGUGAAAUCAGCAUGGACUGUGGUUUGGGUCAUAUUUAUAGGCCUGGCGAUGGUUGCUGGUGGAGGAUAUCUUGUCUACAAACAUAAAUUGAGGUCAUACAUGGACUCAGAGAUAAGAGCUAUCAUGGCACAGUACAUGCCUCUGGACAGUCAAGCAGAAGUUCCAAACCAUGUCCAUGAGGAGCGGGCAUGAAGAAAAAAACGCCCAAUCAUUAACACUCUUUUGUUGCUGGUAACAGCAGUGUUGAUGCGGUUCUACUGUUGCUCUUCUUUAUCCAUUUUUCGGCGUGAAUUUAUGUACAUGGACGAUAAGAGUGCAGAUUAGAAAUUGUUCUUCGUUUAUUAGGACUGUAAAAUCUUACACUUGAAGUAGAGAUUGGAUUUGGGGUAGACAGGAAGGGAUUUGGCUGUAACGUCCAAGAAUAUUCGUUCCCAUCCCUAAAUUUGUCACUUAAUCUAUUUUAAUUCUGUAA